CUCUCUCCUCGUUUUGCUUUGUAAACUCCAUUUUUAGAGAGAGAAACGAAGAAGCAUUGGUUCAUUAGCUGAGAGAUACAGAACUGAGAAUGGGAUCGCCGUCCGGCCAGAUCAGUGGCUACGAUCUCUCAUUUAAGGUGCUUCUUAUCGGCGAUUCCGGCGUCGGUAAAAGUAGCCUUCUACACACCUUCAUUUCCGCCUCUGUGGACAAUCUCACUCCCACUAUUGGUGUGGAUUUCAAGAUCAAGCAACUUACGAUUGGUGGGAAGAGAUUGAAGCUGACUAUUUGGGAUACCGCUGGGCAAGAGAGGUUCAGAUCACUAACUAGUUCAUACUACAGAGGUGCUCAAGGGAUCAUUCUUGUAUAUGAUGUGACUCGGAGAGAAACCUUUACAAACCUAUUGGAUGUAUGGGCAAAUGAAGUUGAGCUUUAUUUGACAAAUCAGGACUGUGUCAAGAUGCUCGUUGGAAACAAAGUUGAUAGGGAAUCUGAAAGUGCUGUAAGCAGAGAAGAUGGGAUUGCACUUGCCAACAAGCUUGGAUCUUUGUUCCUUGAAUGCAGCGCUAAAACCAGAGAAAAUGUAGCGAAAUGUUUUGAAGAACUUGCAAUUAAGAUAAUGGAGGUUCCGAGUUUCUUGGAGGAAAGAUCCAGUGUGGUAAAGAGGAACAUGUUACGGCAAAAGCAGGAAGGUCAAGGUCAACGAAGUGGUGGUUGUUGCUCUUAGAAAGCAGCAGCUUAUAUAAAAACCUCAUCAUUGUAUAUGUAAGUUUCUUCUCUUACACUGUUGCUUUCACUAUUCAGUAGUAAGUGAUUAUUUGUACAAUCUGAAAAAAAAAAAAA